AUGGAAAUAAAUUAUCAGGAAAGUAACGAAUGGCGAAAUGAAGCAACAAGUGAAAAUCACAUUUUAAAUUAUCAGGAAAGUAAUAAAUGGCGCGAUGAAACAAGUGAAAGUCACGAUUUAAAUUAUCAGGAAAGUAACGAAUGGCACAAUGAAACAAGCGAAAGUCACGAUUUAAGUAGACUUAUUUCCGGACCAACUCUAGCCUUUAUCAAUGUGAGACUAACAAACCUUACUGAAAAUAAUUUUUUUGUAACUUUUUCAGUUAUUAAUACAGAAUCACAUCCACUGGAAAUAACGUUUUUGAAUGAUAUUCAAGUAUCUUUUGAGCACACGAUAAUUGGCAAAAUGUCUAUGAGUAACAAAACGAUUAAUGUGACACCUCAAAAGAAUGUUAAAUUAGAAGUAAAAUUUAUUCCAUCGGGUGAUUUUAAUUCUUUCAGCAGAUUUUUGUUUACAAAUGAGAAACUUGAUUGGCACCUAGAAGGAAACACUUCUGUCAAGUUUAUGGCUCAGGAUCCGAUAAAAGUUAGACUAUCUAAACAUAUUGAAUUUGAUGGAAUGAAAGUUUUGGCUGUUAACAACAUUGAUGCGCCAUCAGAAUAUCCUGAUGGUGGUAUUAGUGUUAGCAUGAAUAUAACAAAUGCGUCUCAAAUCAGAAUAAAGUUAGGCAAAACAUCUUUUGACAUUAUAUAUAUGAAUCAAAUUAUUGGUAAAAUUUCUUCAACAUGUUUUUCAACUGAUCGUAACACACUUUCGUUCAGUGGAUGUUUACUACCAGCAAAUACUAAAGAGGAGAUAGAUGCGAUGACUAAUGCAUUUUACAAAUUUUUAUCUGGUGAAGAAUUACAGCUUACCUUUGAUGCAAGAGGAUCUUCAGUUUCUUGGUUAAAUAAAAUCACACUAACUAUAGUUAUUACCAAAGAAACAAAGAUUAAUUUCAACUAUGAAUUUAUUAAGAGUGCAUGGGACUUUAAGUUUGAUCCGAAUGAUCAACAUUCUCCAAAACUAUCUUUACAAUACGGGCUAAAAUAUUCUAAUCUAUUUCCACUAGGGAUUCACGGAAUUUCUGGCAAAAUUAUCUUAAUUUAUAAAGGAUCACAAUUUGCUACACUUAGUAUUCCAUAUUCAACAGCUACAGAUUCUUUAGGUAUUAUCGAAUCAAGCUUUACAACAAAACUUAAAAUAACCUCAGAAGAUUCUAAAGAUUUAUUUAAUGAAAUUGCAAAAAAAAUAUUUAUGGCAGAAGAUGUUAUUUUCACUGUAGAAGGGGUACUAAACGUAAUAUUAAAAACACCAAUUGGUGACAUUGAUAUGAAAAAAAUUCAAUUUAAUUUUGACAAAAACAUUAAGUGUAAAAUUCAACCUGGAAUAAUAAUUAACUCUAUGGAAAUUAUUGAUGCAACGAAAGAUGCUAUCGAAAUUAGAGCAUCAGCCACCAUAACUAAUCCAUCAAAUAUUAGAGUUGACCUUAGUAGUAAUGUCGAAUUUGAUCUUAUCUCUGAUCAAAAUAUUAAAGUUGCAAAUAUGAUCAUAGAAAACUUUAAAUUAAAACGUGGAAAUGAAGAUGUUAUUGUUAAGUUAAAUAAUAAUACAACUUUGAUAGAUUCAUUACGAGAAGUUUUUAAAGCUAUAAAGUUAGAAGCUUUGUUUCCAGGCAUAAAUGCGCGAUUUAUUAAUGAAAUAGAAGUUUCACUCCGUACUAAAGACUCAUUUAUGCUUCAUAACCCACUUAAAACUAAAUUAUAUAUAUUUGGUUUUAAUUCUAAAGUGUUUAAUCUGGAGAAUAAACAGAUCGCAGUUGGAAUAACAGAGCGAAGUGAUGUUGGGACUGUUGUUGAACCAGGACAAGCUAAGAGAAUUCGAAUUGAAAACACAAAUAUGGAUAUAGGAAAUGCUAUUAGAAAUAUUAAAGAUUGUGUCAAUGGUGUUAAAGAAAAUGUUGAAUGUGUUUUAAUGUUUGGCAUUGGUGAAGAUAUAAAUAAUCUCUUUAAAAUUAAUGUAAGUUUUUUAUAUUAA